UUAAAAUAAAAAUAACCCUAAACAACUAAAGCAGCCGUCGUCCUCUUGUCUAUCUCCCCUGUUGUUGGCUCCAUCUUUUUUCAUUCUACGAUUCAGCAGGCAGGGCAGGGAAGGUAAGGUUCAAUCAGCAGCAGCAGCAGUAAGUUCUUAUUGAGGAUUCACCGAUAAAAUGGCAGAAGUGGACUAUAUGCAGGAAGAUGAUAUACAUUUAGACACCACAAGGGCCAGAUUUGCAAGUGUCCUCAAAAGGCAUGCAGAACUCACCGAACGCCUUUCUAGGGAUUCUGAUAAAAUGAUUUUUGAGCGUCUACAAAGGGAAUUUGAAGCUGCACGUGCAUCCCAAACUCAAGAGGUUUGUUUAGACAACGAACAGUGGAAUGAUGGGUUGUUAGCAACUAUUCGGGAACGGGUUCAUAUGGAGGCCGAAAGAAAGGCAAUGCAGUCGUCACCUGUGGAUGCAAGCAUGCUGCCAAUGUGUGAAUUUCAUGACAAAGUUACAUAUAAAGUUGGAAACAAGGUAAUUUGCUGUUUGGAAGGAGCACGCAUUGGCAUACAAUACGAUACAUUUUUUGCUGGUGAGCCACGUGAACAAUAUCACUGUGUUCUUGAAAGCAAGUCAUUUCUUGAAAAGAUGACCGUCCUUGAACACACUAUUCCUUUCUUUUUGCCAUUACGCGAAGCAGAAACCGAUCUUUUAUCUUCAAAUGCAAUGAAAUUUAUUGAUCACAUUGGAGAACUCUUGCAAUCAUAUGUUGAUAGACGAGAACAGGUUCGUCUUAUAAAGGACUUGUAUGGUAACCAGAUCGGAGAACUUUAUCAUAGUCUUCCAUAUCAUAUGAUUGAAUUUUUCUUAGAAGAUUUUGAAUGCAAGGUGACGGUGAGUCUUAGAUAUGCAGACCUGUUGUCUAUACUUCCAACUGGUAUAAGUGUUGUGGCAUGGCCCAUGAGCCAAUCAAAAAAGUCCCCAGCCAGGGGUAAAAAGGGAAAAGUAGCAUUUGGAAACAACGCGGGUCCCAUGCGUUUAUUCUACGCAGAAGCUGCACUGCGCACCUUGAGUUUGCCUGAAGCGUUUGCGGAGAUCGUGUUGAAUCUUGAGGAAGCUCUUGAACAAAAUGUGCAACCCAAAGAUCCUACUGCUUCUACUUGACAAAACAUCAAGAAAUUGGCUUGUAGUUGAAGGGUCUUGAUCUUCAAGGGAGCGCUUCUUAGCACUUAAGUUGAGCUUAAGGCUUUCUGGUAGCGGAGGUGUUCUUCCUCUCCUAAACAAAACAGCAAGUGCCCUCAUCUUCCGGCACAUAUCAAAUACCUGCAUCAUUCAAUUUCAUUUUAUGUAUCAAUCAUUGCUUUUUUAACUUAUAGUUACAUUGGCAUAAAUCAAAUUCCAAUUGCUAACUAGCAACAGCUUAUUUCACUAAAAUGCAAAAGGCAGAUGAACAGUC